AACCAAUCCACCACCUCUACUUGCGUUCAGUGUGAUUUCUGUGGUUUACUUGGUCAUACCCAAGACAAAUGCCACAGAUACAUUGCUAGUCGCCAACAGGCAGUGGAGGGUGCUAAGAAUCGCUACAAGCAUGGCAAUAAGGCUCAGGCAGGCUCCAGCAACUCUCAGAAUACCUCUCAGCAGCCCAAAUCUUCAGCCAACAAUACCAAUUCAUCUACUGUGGUCACUGAAUCAGCUGGAAAUGCAAGUCUUCGUUCCAUUCAUCCCUCUGAUCCUCAUUGCCCUCUCCAACUUGAUGCUGACAUUGAUUGGAAUGCAGACACAGGCGCCACUUCUCAUAUGACACCUCAUCGUCAUUGGGUGCACCACUAUACCCCAUAUCGUGUACCAAUCAAGCUGGCUGAUCACACUGUUGUCUAUUCAGCUGGUGUUGGUACUGUGGUGUUUAAUCCUGUGAUG